GAUGCCACCUGGUUGUGUCCAACGUGUGGCUACACUUUUCUUGUCAUGUGCUCUGUAACUGUAUCGUUACCAACAACAGACAUACUGUCAUUGUCGGAGAGCCAAAUGGAACACAGCGACCAGGAAGAUGAGCCGAAAGGGACCAAAAGAAAGAUUUCUCUCUCCAAUUGUGGUGUGUGUGGAUCAGAGGAGGCGAAGUAUAGAUGCCCUGCCUGCCUUGCACGUUCUUGCUGCUUGCUGUGUGUGAAGAAACACAAGGAAGAUUUGGGAUGCAGUGGAGUUAGAAAUAAAACAGCCUUUGUGACCCUCUCCCAUUUUGAUGAAAUGACCCUUCUCAAUGACUACAGGCUUCUGGAGGAUACAGGACGGUUUGCUGACGGUGCCAGCAGAGACAACCUCAUCCGGACUCCUCGUUCCACAUUAAAAACAAAGAGGCUGGCAGCCAAUGCCAGAAAGAUGAACAUCACAUUGAGGUUCCUCCCCAUUACCUUCACUAAGAGCAAAGAAAACUCCACCGUCUUCUUCACAAAAGAAAAACUGUUCCUUUGGCACCUGAAGCUCAUCUUUCCUCAAAGUAGUACAGAGUUCAUUCAGAGACGGGUGUCAGACAAGCAAACCUUGGAGCAGAUCUUGACCCCUUAUAUCCACCCUACAGAGUCGGACCCUGUGACACGUCAAAAGUUGAAGAUGUAUGUGCACACUCCGUUCAAUCAUGUGAAAGUCUUCAUGAAAGUAGAGGGGAGAAAGGCUAACUCUGUGAGGUACCAUCAGUUGGACAUUUGCAAGACCCUAAUGGACAACCUAAGCUACAAAACACUGAUUGAAUAUCCCGUGCUGCAUAUUGUCCUUGGGGAUCAUUGGAAGGAGUAUCAACUAAAAGGACAAGCUGAACCUGCAUCAGCCUGCAAUAAUUUUGCCACAAAGAAGGAAGGGGUGCACCGAGAGAAGCACAAUGCGAUCCAGGUUUCACCAUCCCUCGAAGGAGCUUGCAAUGCGGGGGGGACCAACAUCUGGACAGGAACCCCGGAGACCAGACCUAAAACUGAACCUCCAAAAGUGAAAUGGGCCAAGAUGGUGGCAGAGAAGGGAGAGAUUGAGGAGGGAGAGAUCACAGACAGUAGUGACGAAGAGAAAGAGGGGGAUGAAGGUAAUACUGAAGACAAUGCCCCAUGUGGAAAGAGCUGUGAUAGUGCCAAAAGCCCUGCUAAUGACAUGGAGGUGAUUAAAUAUAAACCAGCAGCCAGUGUGGAUGUUAAUGUUGAUGAUGGUUUUAAUAAACACAGUGACAGCAGCAGGGGUCAGUGUAUAAAUAAGGAAAUCUCUGGUUCCAUGAUGGCAAAUAAGCUGUCAAAGAGUGCUGAGGUCAGCAUGACUAAGGAGGAUGCUGUGAAAGAGCUAGGGCCUGGUCAUACCAAUCUCUGUCAGGAUGAAAAUGAGUCAACUAAUGCUUAUGACAGCUGUGGACUGGAAUGAUAAUGCCCAGAUGUUCAGGGUGAAAUAAAUGAGGAGGCCGACAUAUCUGACAGGAAGUCAUCAAUCUUGUGUCAGUGUACUGUAGAAUGGACCAAUGCCACGCAACAGUGUUUUCAGUUUU